UUCAGGGGUAGGGCCUCAUUGAGACUCAGGACACAGCACAUCAGCCAUGACCCUUUAACCACUGUGAGUCUAAGCACAGACUUGACUCAGAGCCCCUCUCCUAGGCAGCAGGGACUCUGUCCCACCCCAGGCUCCAACUGCCACUCCCCUAACUGUCACUCAGAACUUCCCUUCUCAGCCUCAGGGUCUGCCUAUCCUUUGGAUGACCUCUGGUUUAGGAGACAAGAAAGCUUUCUGAGGACCAGCUUUUUAUUUGCAGGACUGCCUGGGAGGAAACCAGCUCGGGUAUUGAAGCAGCUUUCAGGGCUUGUGGGAGGACCGUUUUUCUCAGAGGAGCUCCAGACUUUAUCAACACAGAGAAGUCUUUCUUUUUCUCUUAAAAAGGAAAAUGGACUUGGAGGUCAGUGAACCAAUAGACUUUAGUUCUGGAGAUCAUCAGCGUCUGGUUCGGAAAGCAGUAGAUAGUAACGUCCAGACCAAGUCUAGUGCCUCCACAAGUUCACCUUCAUCUGAGCCACAAAGAAAUCAUGGAGAACCACAUGCAAAGACUAGAGAGCCCAUGGAUAGCUAUGUGGUACAGAUUUCAGAGGAUACCACCCCAGAGUUCAGCAAUACUUUAAGCCAUCCGUUCUCAGAUUCAUCAAUCCGCAGAGCUUUCAUUAUAAAAGUGUUCCUGAUCCUGUCGGCUCAGUUGGUGGUCACUGGGGCGAUUAUCAGCGUGUUUAUUUUCUGGAAGGGUUUAAAAGCUUGGGUGCUCAUGAAUGCCUGGUUCACCUAUGCAAUCUUGCCAGCAUUUUUUGGUGUACUUAUUGUAUUUGCUUGUUGUGGGAAUCUCCAGCGUCAGGUGCCUGUGAAUUACAUUCUCCUGGGAGUAUUUACAGUUCUUCAAGGUCUGCUGCUGGGAGCCGUUUCAGUUUUCUGUAAUGCAGAGGAAGUGCUGUGGGCAACAGCAGCGACUGCUCUGGUGACGUUAUCGCUCACUUUAUUUGCUCUUCAAACAAAAUGGGAUUUCACCAUGCUAAAUGGGAUGCUGUUCGUUUUUCUCUUCGUACUGUUCAUCUAUGGAAUUUUCUUCCUCUUCAUACGCUCAUAUUGGUUGCACCUAUUGUAUGCUGGACUUGGAACUGUACUCUUCUCACUUUACUUGGUGAUGGAUGUGCAGCUCAUGGUGGGAGGGCGCCACCAUCACUCUGACCUGCACCCCGAGGAGUAUGUUUUUGCUGCCCUGAACAUCUACUUGGACAUAAUCAACCUUUUCCUUUUUAUUUUGGAACUGAUUGGACUGGCACGGUAGUCAUAUGGCCAAACUGGUUCAUGUUGAAAAAAGGGAAGGAGGGACGCUUCUGAAAUGUUGCCAGGCUCAGACAUGAGAAGGUUACCGCUUCAUAAACCUUUUGUUAACAAAAAUACUUAAAGAUACUUACUUUUUGUCAAAUUAAAUCAAGCAUUCAGUAGAUGGUAGCUGUAGCUGUGAUAUUUUUGGUUCUAUUGUCACAUUGCAAAACUAUCUGGGGGACAUUUCUAAUUUUUAUAAAUUCAAAAGAUGAGUAUCAAAAUUACAUGCUUACAAACAUUUGCAAGAUGCCCAUUACAGUGUUGAAGUUUUCCAGGCAGUAUUUCAAGCAGUAAAUAACAUCUCUCUACAUGAAUAAAUUUGAU